GGUGUAGCUGAGGCAGGGCAUGGAGGGGAACAGUACAACUAAAAAGUGGUGGUGGAGGGGCCUCGCUCGGGAUUCCUCUGGCUCCUCCAAAUACUGGGGACCUGCUCCCCCAGGCUGAAGGAGACAACCUCCACCACAGGUCCGGACCAGGAUGAAGUCCCAAUGAAAACGGACAUCGCCUGAGGAUCGAAUCAUGUACUCAUACAGCUGCCUGCCGCCCGAGGAGGGCGUCUGGCCGCCGUCGCUGCCCCUCACCUGCGCCUACCUGCCCGGCUCUCUGCUGCUGCCCCCCAUCCAGGCCCACAAUUUCUGCAGCCGACCCUGGAGCCUGCGCGCGGGCGAGUGGAUGGCCCCGCGGGAAUACCACUGCUUCCACGGCCCGGGCGCGCCCUUGGCUGCCGCGCCGCCCUGGUGGGCCUUCCCGCCCGUCUACGGCGCGGCCCUGCGCCCGCCCUUCCCCGCCGCCGCCGGCGUCCCGGGGCCGUCGCUGCAGGCGCCCGCGGCGGCGGGGGUGGCGGCGGCCGAGAGCUGGACGCCGUGGCCCGAGGGCAGCAGCCUGGAGGCCGAGCUGCGAUGGGGCCGCGUGGAGCGCGCGCGGGACCCGCGCCUCGAGCUGCCGGACUUCGUGCGCCGGGAGCUGCGGCGCGCGUACGGCACGUACCCGCACACCGACGUGCGCGUCACCCGCCGCGGCGGCGAGUUCCUGGUGCAGGCGGCUCCGCGCGGCCGCGAGCCCGAGUACCGCGUGGGGAGGCGCGCGGUGCGCCGGCCUGACAGCGGCGACAGCCCGGUCCGGGAGGCCGCGGAGCGCAGCCGCCCCGGGAAGAGGAGAGGCCUGAGCUGACGGCGCCGCAGGGCCCAGCGGCCCGCCCGGGAGAACGCACGCGCCUCUCCUUCCUGCGCCAGCCGGCAGAGGCCGCACCGUGCGCGGGAGCCGCUGCACCUCACCUGCCUUUGGUUUUUUCCGUGACUCCCCACCGCCCCCCUCCUGUACUGCUUUAAUAUCUUUCGCAUCAUUGCUGGACGUUGGGGGAGGACGAAAAGCAAAAGGACAUCUCUGGAUGUUCUACUCUUCCUUCCUUCUUGGGGCUUAGGAAGCGGGGAGUCGGCUGGUAGAAGGGCCUGGACCCUUUGUUCUCUCACUCCCUCCUCCUUCCCACCUUCUUCUAAGAAGCCUGCCCUUCUGUAAGCCCCAACUUUCCCUUCCUCUCCUCCCUCUACCAGAGCCCCCCCACUUCCCUCAAAGCUGAGGGAGCGACAUCCCCAACUUGUAAAGAAAAGUAAAUAAAUGAGUGAAGUCAAGUGUA